AUGAAAGCUUUGAUUUUAUUAGUUUUGGCUUUGGGUGCCUUUGCAUUCACCGAGUAAAUGAUGUCUUUGGAAGAAUUAGCAAAUUUUAAUGUUAAAACAAUGGAUUGCUCAAGAUCUGAUCAAUUCUCAUUUAUUGAAACAUAAAUGAAGUAAUGGGAAGAUUUGUUAAUCCAUCAAAAAGCUAUUUCUCAUGAUAUCAAGAUCCUUGAGUAGAUGGAAAAAAUGAUAUCAACAAAGCAUCAUUCUUUCUUAGAAGCACAAGUCUCUGUUUCAGGAAAGAAAUUGCUUAAGAAAUUACACAAAUUAGAAUUACCACUUACAAAAAGCAAAAUUGGUCUAAGUCAAGUCAAGGCCUUAAGAGAAUAAUGCCAUGCCUUAGAUUCUGAAAGUAUAUAAAUAAAAUAAAUAUAAUAGAUCAUGAAGAUAGAGCAGCUGCUAAAAAAGAAUUAUGCAAAUUGUUGAGAGAAUACAUUAGCAGUCUUAAUAAUUGCAAAUAAUAAUGCAGAAGCACACCAAUUACAGUCAUCAAGAUCAAAGGAUAAAUUAAAGAUCUCGAAAUCAUAAGAGGAGGAUGUACAAGCAAUGGAUCUGAAACUGGUGUUAAGGUAACAUCUUAAGAUGAUGAAACUCAUGAAAUCACCAUUCAUCAUCAUCACCAAGGUAAAACAACAACUGAAACUACUUCAGCUGCUGGUGCAAGCAAAUAAGAAUCAGAAAGUACUUCCGAUGCUGGCUAAAGUCAUACAGAAGCAGGAAGUGGUCCAGCUGCAAGUUCAAGCCAUUCAGGAUCAGGAAAAUCUUCAUCUUCUAGCUCAAGUCAUUCAGAAUCAGAUUAAUAAGCAGAUUCACAUGAAAGUUCAUCAAGCUCAGACUAAUCUGCAAAUGAAUAAACAUAAACCACAGAAGAGGGAGAGGAAGUGACAGAAGAAACCACUGAAACUGGAGAAGAAACAACUUAAACAGGAGAAGAAACAACAGAAACAGGAGAGGAAACAAAUUAAACUGGAGAGGAAACAACUGAAACUGGUGAAGAAACUACAGAGGAAACUACAGAGGAGACUACAGAAACCACAGAAGAGACCACAGAAGAACCACCAGUUUAAGAAUGAUUAAGUAAUCAAAAUAUUAAAAU